AUGCUCAUCCGCGCUUAUCGAUUACCUGCUCCGAGUCCAUCCGCGCGAAUUGACAGUCAGCGGGUCUUCCGACACCCACCGGUCAAGCUCACGUGUCAACAAAACGCCACUCCGAUUAAACCAUAA